CAUUGGGUAAAGUCAUUUGUCUACUUCUCGGCGCGUUGACGUGCCAUCAGUCCGAAGCUCGUAGGGGUAUAUAUUGUCAUUGGAGCUAUCGGAGAAGUUCUGCCGCGUGAACAAGCAUACAUAGCCAUUCCUAAUUAUCUAUUGUCUCCAGGGAUAUUUGAUUGUAGGUUAUACCCACAGUGUGUCUGUAGGUCUGGCCGUCCCCAGUAACAGGCCCACAGGUUUCCGCUAUACCUACUGGUCAGAUUCAAGUGCAGUUCAUUGAUUUUCGAAAAGCCUGGCCUCCCGUUUAAAUUUCUCGACGAUUAGAAAUUUGAGACGACACUUGUGAAGUUUUAAAUGACCGCGGAGUUAAUGGAGCAAUUAAAGGGAUCAGUGGAAAUAGUUAAACACGCGGGCUGUAUGUCAUGGUUUUAAAUAUGUCAAUAUUUAAGUCGAGAAUAUGACGGAUACGCCACGUGUUCGGUGAAAGAUCGCAUGACUUCAACAUAAUUUCAUAUAAAACUUGCGAUACUCCUUGUAGUGAAUUGUUUUUAGGCACACUUCAUGGACUUCACUUUGUAUUAAGCUUUCGUUGAGAUGAGUUCACGGGUAAGCGUGUGUGAAGUGUCAGUUGUGAACGUCCUCAGAUUGUCCCUGUAGUGAUGGGCUGAGUGAAGACUGGAUUCCCGGAGUACCAGCACCUUUAAGACAAUGGAGAUGCCUGUGAACCUUGUGAGGUCACAUACUCAUCACUGGACGUUCCCGAGCACGCCGCGGCACCGUCCUGUGGUCUCCUCCCCAAAGGUCCGGGGGAUAGACCUCUGGCACAUCAUCUCCUACCGUCCACGGGACCGGAAGCGACCCAUCAUGGUUCCUCCGGUAAAUACUCCCGAGAGUCUGAGCCGAUCUGAGUCCCGCUCUGACAUCAGUUCCCAGAAAGACUCGAGAACCUCACGAAACUCCGGAAAGAGUUCGGCAGGCACUGGGCAACGGAUUCCCAUCCUCGGACCAACACGGCAGCAAACGGAAAUAUACUUCAAAAACGUCAGAAGGAGAGAAAGAACAAGUUGUUCAUUACGAGGAAUGAAUAUUAAUGUGCCACUUCCGUCAGAGCACUCUACAUUCCGGAAAUCGCCAAGCGAGGGUAGCGCCAAGUCGUCAGAUCGGUCGUCUGACCUUGACCCUUCCGACUCUCCUUCCAAGUUCAAGGCCACCCUCUCAAAGUUGACCUCGUCGUCCUUAUCAUCUUUACCAAAAAGAAAUUAUUCCACUUCGUUUGACCCCGAUCAACAAGGGUAUAACGACAUCCGGUUCCUGGCGGAACUAGUGAAACCCCUACAAUACAGACUCCGUGUGUCAAAAAAAGAGAGGAAGGAGAAAGUGAUUAUUCCAUCCAAACAUGGCUACCACCCUCGUAGUCAGUCGCCAACAUUUAAACGCCUACUGGAGGCUACAGAGAAACUCAAUGUUCUGUGUGAGAAUGAUUCGUUGGAGGGACAGGUGAGACGGGAUUAUUCCCACAUCAACAACGAUGUAGACGCACCCCUUGUUCCGCUUAAAAACGGUGAACGACUGGCCCGGGUCACUAAUGCGCGAGUUAAACCUAGUCACACAACGCCAUACAUAACGGAUGUUACGACAAACACGAAUACAGUUCCUAAAACUGAUAAUAUUCAUACCAUCCCAGAAAAACUUGAGAUUCCUAAACAUUUCCCUAAAAGUGAGGAUGUGAUAUCGGAGGAAGGGGAUAUUACUGACUCUAGCUCCACCAAAUCAGACGAGGCUUAUUUCAAAGUAGACUUUAAGGAGGAGGAUGCGCACGCCGAACUUCAUCUGUUUCUUCCUUACAUAUCUGAGCCGGUGACUGGUCGUGGGACUUCACCUGAGUCCAAGAAUGGAGCAACCAAUGGGAAGGCUGGUAACGGUGGUAGGGUAACAUUACCAUCCAUACCGCGCCAAUCAAACAUGAUGUCGCAAAAAACAUUUUCCAAAAAAGCAAAUAAUAAAAACACCGUUAAAAAGAAGAAGAAGAAAAUGGACAAUAGAUGUCCAUCGGCUAAGGACAAUGACCGAAAGGUGAAUGACCACCUGAACGAUGUACCCACUCUUAUUUCCAUGAACUACGAAAAUGGACACCACGAACGGCGUGACCCUCACGCCGAUGACACUAUAUGUGACGUAGCUAACUGUCCCUUCCACUCUCUCAUGGCAGUGGCCAGGGCAGAGACGUAUGUAUAAGGCGGACAUAAACGGUGAUUCACAUUUACUGAAAUGUCUACAAGAUGGAAUUGGGUGAUUGGACAGGAACGUACGGAAAUGAAAGAUGGGUUGAUGCGAAAAUGCCCGAAUCGGGAAUUUCCUUGUGAGAUUGAGAAAAACGUAAAAUCAAAAAGUGUACGCUUCCGUGUAGGUGUAGCAUCCGCCUUGAAGUUGUGAAAAGCAACGCCUGUCAUGUGUGUGCUACAAUAUAGUGUGUACACAUCAACGACCAGGACUACCCGCACGCGCACUUAAACACUGCGAAAUACUCGUGAUGGUGGCGGCUCGUUCUCAUUUCUGUACUCCAUAUUUAUCUUUCCGCAAAGUAUGCCGUCCACUUUCUUGACUUGUUCAUGCCGGCAUGCUGAACUUGUGUAACCCUGUGAUAAGCCUUAAUUGUUACAAUGUUUAGUUAAAUGCCACGUACUAUAAGUGCGCGUGACUGCCGUCGUGAACGAUUGCGAAAUUCUACAUGUGCCAAUAACCUGUUAUUUAUCAUUUAACUUAUUAAACAACACUAUGCAAUGUACCUGACAUAUGAUCUGUGUGUGCAGAUAACAUUAAAAUGUAUA